UCCGGAAGCUUCAUGGUGUAAAGAUGGCGCAAUGUGAGAUCGUUGGUGGAGCGGAUCCAGGUAAACUGAGUGACCUUUUGGAUGGAGGCUGGAAGAUUUAUGAGGAGCUGGAGGAGUCCUCAGAGCCUCCCACCUCCUCACCCGUGCAGCAGCGUGUACUCCGUGGGCUGACUUUGCUGACAGAAGCUCAGAGGCGGGUGGAGCAGCUCCAGGUGUUCAGCAGGAAUGAGGAGCUGGAGGAGGUGAGCACUGCCGACCUCAAAUAUCUGCUGCUCCCUGCUCUGCUUGGAGCUCUCACCUUAAAGCUAACAAGCCGGGAGCAAAGACUGAACACUGUCCGCACUGCCCGCUCACACUUCAUGGACUACCUGUCCAGGUGUACAGACUACCAUGUGACCACCUUCACCAUGCCAAGGAGAAGAGAGAGCACGGAUGAAGAGUCUGAGCGAGAGCUUCCUACUUCACGGCCCACUCCUGGUUCGACUGACCUGGUUGCCAUGGCAGCACAGCGACAGGCAAAGAUCGAGCGUUUCCGUCAGAAGAAGGAUCUUGAGGCUCGAUUGUCAGAGGUGCGGCGGACGGUGAAGAGUGGACAGGCGGAUGAUGAGGUUAGCAGAGAAUUUUACCUGCUCCAGGUGAAAAGGUGGAUCAGUGUGAGUCUGGAUGAGAUCGAGAGCAUCGAUCAGGAAGAGGACAUCCUGAAGAACUUCGACCAAAUGAAGCAUAACACCGCCCCAAAACAGCCCCCCAGAGCCCCCAUGAAACCCUUCAUUCUCACCAAGGACGCCAUGCAGGCUCGGGUGUUUGGUGCCGGCUAUCCCAGCCUCCCCACCAUGACAGUGGAUGAUUGGUACGAGCAGCACAGGAAACGUGGCGCUCUGCCCGAUCAGGGGAUCCCAAGGCGGGUGGCAGUAGAAGAGGACUGUGACUCAGCUGAAAGAGAAGAAGAAGAAAAAGAGAGGAAGGCUGAAAACGAAGAUGAGGAGGCCCUGAGGAAGGCGAGAGACUGGGAUGAUUGGAAGGACAAUCACCGUAGAGGAUACGGAAACCGCCAGAACAUGGGCUGAUCCUUUUACAAUAAGAACCCACGACCUGACCUUUGAACUGUUCGAAUGAUGAGGUCAUUUCACGUGAUUAUUGCUCUACCGGCAGAUGAUUUACUGUUAAAACAUGGUGAUGCCAUUUCCUGUCCUCUGUGCUGUUUCUGAGUGAACACCAAUAAAAAUAACUGCAAUUUA